AGUGGCACCUCUUCGUGUUUAACACUAUCUAACCCAUCUUUCGGACAAACCGGUCCUUGGUUUCAAGAAGUAAAAUGCGACUCAUCACCCGUACAUAAGCAGGAGUUUUAUUCUUAUUUUAAACUUUCAGCUAACGUUUCUGUUACAAAAGCAAGUACUGUGUAGUUUAUCCAGCUCCAGUUUGUGUGAUAUCCCCCCGGGGGACUUUUAUCGUAUUGCGUUAUAGACUAGGGCAACAUUAGCUGGGUGGAAGGAAACACAAAUAAAACGUAAACCAUCAGCUCCUAAAGCCCUUCAGUUCUUCGUUACUUUGACCUGCCUCUCGCAACCUGUAUGGAAAUGGCUACUAAUCCUCCAGGACCAGCCGUCCCAAAUAAGGCUCGAGUGGCGAUCCUGGCAGAGCUGGAGAAAGAGAGGAGACGGCUUUUGAGCACCCCAGGAGCGAGCAUUUCGCUGUCCAGACCGAGUCUGAAGGAUUUCCGGGACAACGCAGAACAGCAGCACAUCGCUGCCCAGCAGAAAGCUGCCCUGCAGCAUGCACACACACACUCAUCGGGCUUCUUCAUCACCCAGGACUCCUCAUUUGGGAACCUCAUCCUCCCAGUCAUUCCACGCCUGGAGCCUGAGUCUUGACCUUUUUACCUUACGUCGUCCUCCUGCCGCCCGGUGCGACACAUUCAGACGACACACACACACACCGGACCCACCCGUCUCCCACUCUCCCUCUUUUAAGUGUUUGAUUAUUAAUGGACAGUCGUUUGUCCCAUCGUAAACGAUCUCAGGAGAGUGUGUAUCUGUCAUUUUUACAUUUUCCAGACCAACAGGCUGACUUCUGAAUUUAGGGAAGCUGUCAAAAUAAGUAGCAAGAAGGUUCCAGAAAGCUGUGUUACAACCUGUGAAAUGGCACAAGGGAUAAAAAACAAGAUUACAGAAAUACUUUAAUCGCUAUCCUGCAUUUGUUGCGUUUCACAGCAUUGAUCCACAACACUUUUGGUCAGGGUUUUACUUUUUUUUUUUUUCAACAUUUGGAUAAUAAAAUUGCUACAUUCAAUUAGA